AGACCUUCCACAAACAGGCAGAUCGAAAAAAUCCAGACAGAAGCCAAAGCGGCCUUUGGAAGAUAUUUGACGGAGGCGGCCAUCUGGAAAGGAAUCAGAAAACGCGACAGGAUCACAAGAGAGGCAGCCCAAUGGAUGUGGAUGGCCACCCAUGACACAUACAUGAUAGGGGCGAAGUGGCUGAGACCAAACAUGUCACCCGAACAAAGAGAUCGCGCGACAUGCAAGAAGUGCGGAUCGAUCGAAACAAUGGAUCACAUACUUUUCCAGUGCAAAGCGAAAGGAAGAAAGGAAAUCUGGAAACUUCUUGAU